GUGUGCGAAGGCCAAAGAGAAUGUCAUGUGGGGCGAUGGCCAUGGCGUGUGCGGUGGACGUUGCCCUGCGCCCACCACCGCCACCGCUGUGGGCCCCGUUGCGACCAGUCUUUUAUUCUCUCUUUGCGACCGAGUGAUGCGCAUCGAUUGAAUCUCUCUCUGCCCACUCACGUACCCUUCAGACAAAUCACUUUUGCCGAUAUUCAUAUUCUUGACGUUGUUGCAACCAAACUUUCAAUUGCAGCGUGUGGUGGCAAAUGCGAUCGUAAAGCUGGCAGAGGUCCUAGUUCGUAAGGUGGAAUCUUCUGUUUACGGUGUUGUGCCGGCUCUGUUCCAGUCAACGAGUUUUGGGUUGUGGGUGUAGCACAUUUUUGACGUUUCCUGGGUCCGAAUUUGCCUCUUCUGAUUGGAGAUUGUGGGUACAGGCUUCGCAUUUGGAAAGCUCGAGAGCUUUGUAGUUGUUUGGUGCUUGCGGUGCAUUCGAGUGCGGCUUGAGUGUGUGUUGAUACGUAGGAUUCUCCCUGGCCUUUCAUUUUGAUAAGGCUGAAUGCUAUGUCUGUGAGGUUUUGUUAGGUUCGUGUCUGACGUAUGGUGCCAAGAUUCGUCUCUUUGAGAUUCUCUUGCUGAAUGCGUGCGGAGCGGAGAAUGUUCAGGACUUCGUUGAAUAGUUUUCCCAUGUUGGUGUAGCAUUCCCGCUUUCGCAGCGUUCUGCUUAUUCUGGAUAUAAUCUGAUUGGAAGUUCAGUACAUGCAUUUUUAGUCUUGUUUGUCAGUAUUGUUCCCAAAGGCAGUCUCUUCUACUCAAUGCCACAACAGAACUUGAGGGGUUUUUGACCCAAAUUACGACGGACCUGCGACGGAAUCUCGUGCAGUUGAGUUGUUUAGAGAGGACCUGAAAUAUUAUGACAGGUCCCUCUGUUUGCUUUCCAUAAAUCAUACAACAUAGUGAUUACGCUUUUUCGGUCUGCGCCAUAUUCUUAAGCCAAAACCAACUUUAUGGGCUGAGAACAGAGAGAGAAUCCUUUUGUGCUACACGAUCUCCUCGUCUCUUGGGGACUUCUGUAGCAUAACCCAGGGAGAGUUUUGACUGAGGCACAACUGUUGCAAAGAUGACUGGCUUGUCGAUAACAGAUGGAGAGCCCCAAGACGGGACCAUGAGCACGGCGCACACAGAUAGGACGCCCCUGCUUCCUAGCAAGAGGCAGGAUCUAGUGGUUGAAGAUGUGUACGACGAUUACCACGAAGCGUCUGUGCCAAGUGCGAUAUUCAACCUCUCAACCACCAUUGUGGGUGCGGGGAUUAUGGCGUUGCCUGCUACGAUGAAGGUAAUGGGCUUGCCGCUCGGUAUCCUCACCAUCAUUGUAAUGGGAAUUCUCAGCGAAAACUCAAUUCAAAUCAUGCUGCGCUACUCGAGGCCGUCGGGGGCGAGGUCGUACGGCGGAUUGAUGGCCGAUGCAUUUGGUGGGAUUGGACGUACCCUGGUGCAGCUCUGUAUUAUAAUCAACAACAUUGGCAUCCUCAUCGUGUAUUUGAUCAUAAUUGGCGACGUACUUUCGGGAACUUCAGCUUCAGGGGAGCAUUUUACUGGUGUGCUUGAAGAGUGGGCGGGCGGUCCGACAUGGUGGAAUGAGCGUACCUUUGUUCUUUUCACAAUCGCCGUCGUAGUUCUGAUGCCUCUCAUCUCCUUUCGACAUGUUGACUCCUUGAAAUGGACAUCCGCAUUGUCCGUCGCACUGGCUGUGGUGUUUGUUGUCAUUGUCGCUGGGGUGACGAUAUGGAAACUGUUCGCUGGAGAGAUUUCAUGGCCAAGGUUGACACCAGAUGUUUACGACCAAAAGACAUUCUGGCGGCUCUUUACUGUCAUUCCAGUUAUGGUCACUGCUUACAUCUGCCAUCACAACGUGCAUCCCAUUGCAAACGAGCUGUCCGGAACUGCCGAUUCGUCAGACGAGAAGAUGCGCAACGUGGUGCGAUGGUCGAUGCUCCUGUGCGGCACCAUUUACCUCUGCACUGCGACGUUUGGCUAUCUUCUCUUUGGGGAUGCAACAAGCGAUGACAUCUUGUCCAACUUUGACACCGAUUUGGGCGUUCCUUUCUCCCAUCUUAUCUGUAUCAUUGUCCGGAUCAGCUACGCAGUACACAUAAUGUUGGUCUUCCCGCUUCUCAACUUCUCACUCCGCCUUAACCUUGACUCCUUCCUCUUCCCAAGGGCCACCCCACUUGCCCACGACACCGUCCGGUUCUCCCUUAUCACCGGCUUCCUCAUCAGCUGCGUCUUCCUUGGCGCAGCUGUGGUGCCCAACAUAUGGGUCGCUUUCCAGUUUACCGGUGCAACCGCCACUGUCUGCUUAGGAUUCAUCUUCCCAGCACUAGUCCUGCUUAAGGACAAGCCCUUGUUGGCAACCAGGAGAGACAAAUGGGAGGCCGUGGUUAUGGUAAUCCUUGCAAUCCUUUCCAGCGUGGUUGCCGUUACAACGAACGUGAUCAACCUUGUGGAUCCAGGAAAAAAUGGUUCUACUUAAGGAUUUACCAGCUACUUCCUCCGAAUCAUUGAAGAAUGCAAACUAGAGAAUCGGCGUUUCUGUUCAAUAAUCUGAUUGUUUGGAUUCAUUCUGCCCUCUCAGCAGAGAAUGCAUAUCCAUGUGCCGGACCUCGGUUCCAUCGUGAACAAAGUUGGCCAUUGUGAUGUUCUUAUAUCCAAAUAGACUUGACAUAAACAGCAAAAGCCUGAAUUCGAACCUCUCGAAUUUGGUCUGAUAAUUUGAAGCUGUUUUUAGGAAUCACAGUCCAUAAAUUGUGUUUUACAUCGAGGCGCCCUUCAGCAGCUAAAGCUGUAUAGUAGGUCAUAUUAUCUGUAAACAGAAUUCUGAACAUAGGUAGUGAGACUUGUAAUCAUGGUAUCAAUUGUAUUCAUUUGUGCUGGAAGAUUACUUCUAUUGUGCUACCGUUUUUAAUGUUGUCUCACUUGACAAUUCUUGUCUCAAA